AUGAAGCUACGCAACACGCUGCUUCCUGCACUCCUCGCGAGUAUUCCAGCCACCAUUGCCCUCCCCAAAAUCACUCGAACGGGCCGCUACCUCUACGACGAGAACGGGACGAGGUUUUUCAUCAAAGGUCUAGCCUACCAGACUCAGGGCAUUGUCAUUCCUGGCCCCGACAACCCACUCGGAAAUCCUUCUACCUAUGUGGACAAUCUGGCUGAUUCGGCUGCCUGCGCUCGCGACCUCCCCAACCUGCAAAAACUCGGAAUCAAUGCUAUUCGGGCGUAUUCUGUCGACUCCCGGCUUAACCACGACUCGUGUAUGGCUGCGCUCAGUGGGGCGGGAAUCUAUGUCAUCCUGGACUUGACGCUUCCUCUCAAUGGCUCCAUUGAUACUACCCUGCCUACCUGGAGCACGAAUCUACUUAACCAGUACAUCGACACAAUCAAUCUUUUCAACAAAUACGACAACAUCCUUGCAUACAACGUUGGCAAUGAAGUUCUGACUGCUGACGCCACCAACGCCGCCCCCUUCCUCAAAGCUGCUGCCCGCGACACCAAAGCUUACCUUAACUCCAUUGGAUCCUCUGCGCUCAUUGGCUAUGCUGAUAUCGACGGAGCAUCCUCGUUCCGUGAUGCGGUGUCCGCCUACCUAUCUUGCGACCCGUCUGGAAAGAACGACGGUAGCACCAGCAUUGACUUAUUCGGGCUUAACAACUACGCAUGGUGCGGCAAUGCCCCCACAACCACCUACAACACGCUCAACGACGAGUUCAAAGACUAUAACGUCGCGGCUUACUUCUCCGAGUAUGGCUCAGAGAACUGCAAUCCUGGUACACGGCCCUGGACCGAAGUCGGCACCCUCUUCGCUACUCCUAUGAGCGAUGUGUGGUCGGGAGGCAUCGCAUUCAGCUACUUCCCUGCUGCUGCGGGAGGCCAUGAGUUUGGCAUGGCGACUUUGUCGUCGGACAACAAGACUGUAACCACCAAUGCCGACUUCGACAACCUUGUCUCCCAAUACGGCAAACUGACCUCCCUGCCCACCACGCCCGCAAAGUCGUCUGUCCCUGCCUCAACUUUCGGGACGUGUCCCGCAGAGAACAAUGCUUUGGAAGCGAGCACUACCAUCCCGCCAACACCAAACACGGAUGCCUGCACCUGUCUCCAUAACAAGCUUCCGUGCUUGUUCAAGCCUGCGACCAGCGACUUCAAUGUUGUCUUGGGCACGUUGACGGGGGUCGUCUGCAGCCUGCUUGGUCAAGUCGGAGGCAGUUGUGCGGAUAUUGGAACAAACGGGACCACUGGUGUGUAUGGGACAGUUGCUAGCUGUGACCCUGCCACUCGUCUCUCUUAUGCCUUCUCCCAAUACUACGAGCUAACCGCUCGUGCGGCCACUUCUUGCGACUUCGCGGGCAAUGCAACGCUCUCCGACUCGGUCAAGUCGUCGCCGGCCAACGUCGUUGCGCCAAGUUCAGCUGUCUCCCAAUGUCUCACCAGCCCGAGCGCGGUUUUCACCCCCAAAGCGAGCUCUGGUGCCCCGGGUCCCUCGGGCAGUGCUGGCGGUGGAGGUGGAGGUAAUGGUUCGGGCGGUAAUGGAGGCAAUGGUGGCGGGAAUGGCGGAAGCAACAACACAAACGACGCUAGUGUCCCUAUGCGGGUCGGGGUGGUUACCGUGAUGAUGGCCGUAUUGGGUGGCGCUGCGUUCGUGCUUGCUUAA